AUGAAGCAACAGCAGCAGCAACAUGAACAGCAACAGCAACAUGAGCAACAACAGCAUGAGCAGCAACAACAUGAGCAGCAACAGCAGAGCAACAACAGCAAACAACAGCAACAUGACCAGCAGCAGCAGCACGAACAGCAGCAGCAUAGCAACAACAGCAUGGACUCAGCAGCAGAGCAGCAGCAUGAGCAGCAGCACGAGGAGCAACAACAGCAGCAGCAGCAGCAGCAUGAGCAACAGCAACAGCAGCAAGAGCAGCAGCAUACAGCAACAGCAACACAGCAGCAGCAACAGCAGCAGCAUGAGCAGCAGCAGCAGCAGCAGCAACAGCAGCAGCAGAGCAGCAACAGCAGCAGCAGCAUAGCAGCAACAGCAGCAACGCAACAGCAGCAACAGCAUGAGCAACAGCAGCAGCAGCAGCAGCAUGAGCAGCAACAACAUGAGCAGCAACACAACAUGAACAUCAACAGCAGCAACAGCAACAGCAGCAUGAACAGCAACAGCAGCAUGAGCAACAACAGCAGCAGCAUAAGCAGCAGUAACAGCAGCAGCAGCAGCAGCAACAGCAUGAACAGCAACAGCAUGACAGCAACACAACAGCAGCAACAACAACACGAGCAACAGCAACAUGAGCAGCAACAGCAGCAUGAACAGCGACAACAGCAUGAGCAACAACAGCAGAACAACCAACAACAUGAGCAACAACAGCAACAUGAGCAACAGCAACAACAGCAGCAACAUGAGCAACAGCAACAGCAACAACAGCAACAGCAACAACAACAGCAACAG